UGCACAGGGUGUGGCAGAACAGUUCCAUGGCAGACUUGUUUGGGAUGAAGGAAUCUGCACCACAGGAAAAAAAAAAAACCACAGUCACUGUGGAAACUCCUCUGCUAGCACAGUAAAGACAGAGCUUGUUUUGCAGUCGUAACCCUUAAUGUUAACUUUAAAUGUUCAGCAAGCUGGAGCUUCUUAUUUGUGAAACGCAAGGAAAUCUCGCUUCUGAGCAGAGCGUGGUUUCCAGCCCCUCCUGGCAGCAGGUGAAUGAAGAUUGCCCCAAACUUGGGUAAGAAUGACCUUGAUGUGUGAAGUAUUCCCCAAGCUGACCUAGUUCAGUCUCCCACGCGAAUACAUGUCUCCUGAGAUUCUUUGACUUGGAUUUGUGAACAAACACACAGGCAGCUUUUAUGGCAUCCAGCACCGGCACCAGGAUGAGCGUGGAAGCGAGCAGCAAGCCCCUGAAGGUGGGCUCCAGAGUCGAAGUCAUUGGGAAAGGGCACCGCGGUACCGUGGCUUAUGUCGGUGCCACUCUGUUUGCCACGGGAAAGUGGGUCGGUGUCAUCCUGGAUGAAGCAAAGGGCAAGAACGAUGGGACUGUGCAGGGCAGGAGAUACUUCACCUGUGAAGAAAACCAUGGCAUCUUUGUGCGGCAGUCACAGGACCAGGACGCAUGGCACUCAGACCGGGUGGCUGGAGAGGAGCUCAUCACACAGGGCAGCCUGUUGGCAGGUCUCUACCCAUCAAGCACUUACGAAAUCCCAGUGCUGGCAGACCAGGGGGAAAUACGUGGGCAGUUACUGUGCUCCAGGCGUAGUGUGGCCCUCUGCACCCAUCGGACAUCUGGUGAUGUGCAGUGGUACACGUAUGUCCUGUGGUGCUGGCGUGGGCAGAUCCAGGUCUUUGAAGAUGGAGCUGAUACAACAUCCCCAGAAACGCCAGAAUCUGCUGCCUUGAAAGUCCCCAAAAGAGAUUCCUUGGAUGCCACCAAAGCCAGCAAACUGCCCACCCGGACCCCCAAUUCUGCAGCAUCCAGUGGCACGGCUGGACCCUCGGGCUCAGCUUCUGCCUCCGGCGGGGAGAUGAGCAGCAGCGAGCCCAGCACGCCUGCUCAGACACCACUCGUGGCCCCGGUUAUUCCAACUCCCUCCCUGACCUCUCCGGUGGCACCUCUGGUUCCCUCACCCACAAAGGAGGAGGAAAAUUUGCGUUCUCAAGUCAAGGACCUGGAGGAGAAAUUGGAGACUCUGAAGAUAAAGCGAAAUGAAGACAAAGCGAAGCUUAAAGAGCUUGAGAAGUACAAGAUCCAGCUGGAGCAGGUGCAGGAAUGGAAGAGCAAAAUGCAAGAACAACAAGCUGAUCUCCAGAAACGUUUAAAGGAGGCCAAAAAGGAAGCCAAAGAUGCCUUGGAAGCCAAGGAGCGCUACAUGGAGGAGAUGGCAGACACUGCUGACGCCAUUGAAAUGGCAACUCUGGACAAGGAGAUGGCAGAAGAGCGAGCAGAGUCCCUGCAGCAGGAGGUGGACUCCCUGAAAGAGAAGGUGGAAUAUCUCACGAUGGACCUGGAGAUCUUGAAGCAUGAGAUUGAAGAGAAAGGCUCGGAUGGAGCAGCAUCCAGUUACCAAGUCAAACAGUUGGAAGAGCAAAAUGCGAGACUCAAGGAAGCUCUUGUAAGGAUGCGGGACUUGUCUGCAUCAGAGAAGCAGGAACACGUGAAGCUUCAAAAGCAAAUGGAGAAGAAAAACACAGAGCUGGAGUCCCUGCGUCAGCAGAGAGAGAAGCUUCAGGAGGAGGUUAAGCAGGCAGAGAAAAUGGUUGAUGAGCUAAAGGAGCAGGUGGAUGCUGCUUUGGGUGCUGAAGAGAUGGUGGAGACUCUGACGGAGAGAAACUUAGACCUGGAGGAGAAGGUCCGGGAGCUGCGCGAGACUGUCGGGGACCUGGAAGCCAUGAACGAGAUGAAUGACGAGCUGCAGGAAAAUGCCCGGGAGACAGAGCUGGAGUUACGGGAGCAGCUGGAUAUGGCGUCGGCGCGGGUCCGCGAGGCGGAGAAGCGUGUGGAGGCUGCGCAGGAGACCGUGGCCGACUACCAGCAGACCAUCAAAAAAUACAGAAAGCUGACUGCACGCCUUCAGGACAUGAACCGAGAACUCAUGAGUCAGCAAGAAGCGUCUGCUGAGAAGCAGCAGCAGCCUCCUCCCGAGAUGUUUGACUUCAAGAUUAAAUUUGCAGAGACGAAAGCCCAUGCUAAGGCCAUCGAGAUGGAGCUGCGGCAGAUGGAGGUGCAGCAGGCCAACCGGCACGUCUCCCUCCUCACAUCCUUCAUGCCCGACAGCUUCCUGCGCCACGGAGGGGACCAUGACUGCAUCCUGGUGCUACUGCUCAUCCCUCGGCUCAUCUGCAAGGCUGAACUGAUCAGCAAACAGGCUCAGGAGAAGUUUGAUCUGAACGAAAACUGUGCAGAGCGCACCGGCCUCAGGGGCGCACCGGGAGAGCAGCUGAGCUUUGCUGCUGGGCUGGUCUAUUCCCUGAGCCUGCUUCAGGCUACGCUGCACAAAUAUGAACAGGCCCUGAACAAAUGCAGCGUGGAGGUGUAUAAGAAGGUGGGGAUGCUAUACCCGGAGAUGAGUGUCCACGAGCGCUCGCUGGACUUCCUGAUCGAGCUGCUGCACAAGGACCAGCUGGAUGAGACGGUCAAUGUGGAGCCGCUGACCAAAGCCAUCAAGUACUACCAGCAUCUGUACAGCAUCCACCUGGCUGACCAGGCUGAAGACUGCACGAUGCAGUUGGCUGACCACAUCAAGUUCACCCAGAGUGCCUUGGACUGCAUGGGGGUGGAGGUGUGCCGGCUGCGAUCCUUCCUCCAGGCUGGGCAGGAGGCAUCCGACCUUGCUAUCCUCCUCAAGGACUUGGAGACCUCGUGCAGUGAUAUUCGCCAGUUCUGCAAGAAGAUCAGGCGCCGCAUGCCUGGGACGGAUGCUCCGGGUAUCCCUGCAGCACUGGGCUUCGGGCAGCAGGUGUCGGACACGCUCCUGGACUGCCGCAAGCACCUGACGUGGGUGGUGGCCGUGCUGCAGGAGGUGGCCGCUGCUGGGGCACAGAUGAUUGCUCCUCUGGCGGAGAAUGAGGGGCUGCUGGCAGUGAAGCUGGAGGAUCUGGCCUUCAAAGCGAGCGAGCAGAUCUAUGGCACCCAGGGCAUCAACCCCUACGAGUGUCUGCGUCAGUCUUGCAGCAUCCUCAUCGCGACCAUGAACAAGAUGGCCACGGCUAUGCAAGAGGGAGAAUACGAUGCGGAUAGACCACAGACCAAGCCUACCCCACCUGCUGACCUACGGGCAGCAGCUAUUCGGGCAGAGAUCACCGAUGCUGAGGGGCUGGGGCUUAAGCUGGAGGACAGGGAGACGGUCAUCAAAGAACUGAAAAAGUCCCUCAAGAUCAAGGGCGAGGAGCUCAGCGAAGCAAAUGUGCGGCUCAGCCUCCUGGAGAAGAAGCUGGACAGUGCAUCCAAGGAUGCAGAUGACCGUGUGGAAAAGAUACAGACGAAGCUGGAUGAGACCCAGACGCUGCUCAAAAAGAAAGAGAAGGAGUUUGAGGAGACCAUGGAUGCUCUUCAGGCAGAUAUUGACCAGCUGGAAUCAGAGAAGGUGGAGCUGAAGCAGCGCUUGAACAACCAGUCAAAGCGAACCAUCGAGGGCCUGCGCGGCGCCCCUGCCUCUGGAGUUGCCUCCAUCGUGUCUGGCAUUGCCGGAGGUGUCGGUGCUGACCAGGUGACGGGAGGCGGUUCAGGACCCAUCCAGGUGAAGGACUCACCUCUUCUUCUCCAGCAAAUUGAUGUCCUGCAGCAUUGCAUCAGGCACCUCAGGAACGAGAACAGCCGGCUCAAGGGAGCCCAGAUGAAGAUGCAGCUGGCCAGCCUGAAGCCUCUGCAGGUACCCAAGCUCUCCCUCCUCAUGAACAGGCAGGGAGAAGGUCUGCGCACACAGACGCUGUAUCGCAAGGCCAGCCAGCUCCUGGAAACCGCCUAUCAUAUGAGCGCCACCAUGAAGGUUGUGGACCUGAAGCAGACCAAGUCGGGAAGGAGCUUGUCAGCGCAGCUGCUGGAGCAGACAGCCCGCCUGUUGGCCCUCAAAAACAGCGUCGACAGCCUAAAGGUAAGGUAG